AUGCCAAGUCACGGGAUGUUUCGCGCCCGCACCGAACGGGGAGCAGGAAGCGCAGCUCGCGGGAACUUCAACGGCGCAUCGCGAUCCAAGCCGAGAGGAGUCUUCUCAGAUGGUGGCUGGCAUUGCGAAUGCGACCCUCCUCUACCGGCAACACACUUCAAGGUGAAGAAGGAAGGCCCGAACAACGGCCGCUGGUUCUAUACCUGCCAAAAGGGCAAAGGCAAAGGAUGCAGCUUCUUCCUAUGGAACGAAGACGCCAAACCCCGCGAAGUAGCAGCGGUCCUAAGCAAUUCGAGAGACGAACCUCAUCCCGCGCCAAACCCUGUGCCAGGUGCUACUAGGCCUAUUACACCCCCGCCAGUGUAUUCGUUGCAAGCAGGUAAUGGCACAAUCAGCAGGAAGCGGUCAAGAGAGGAGGAUGAGUUCGGGGACGACGAUGCAUUUCCAUGGCCACUUACCGGACACGAGGAUGACGGCCACUCAGAUACGAGCAUCAUGCCACCACCUGAGACUCCACGGAAGACUCAGAAGGUGGAUGCGUAUUCGACGCCUGGGAAACGGAAGCUUCCGUGGGUAACUGAUGAGGCAAGCGGGCUUCCCACGCCCAUAACCACGGGCCCAAGAAAGACAUUGUUCACGCCGUCGUCGGAGCCAGCGAUCGCCAAUGGCGUUGGUUCUAGGUCUGAAAACAAUGCUACUUCGUCACCUUACACCACGCCGACUCCAUCUCGGUUUCUGGACACGCCAGCACGAGAGAGCUCUGAGGGCCAGCUUGCCACAGAUGUGUUCAAGCUGCUCAAUGAGAGCAACGCAAUAUUGAAGCAAGAAACCACACAGUCGCUGGAACGGCUCUUUACCAUGCAUUCUCUGAAAACUCAAGGCAUCGCAAAGGGACGCGAGAUUUCCCGGCUUGCGAUAAAGGCUAAAGAAGCCAGGAUCGCUGAACUCGAGCUCCGCGUCGCUACUUUGGAAGCGGAACUUGAGACCGAGAAGGCUAUUGCCCAGCAUUUGAGAUGGGAGAAAGAGAACGAAGUUGGUUGA